UUGCUAGUUUGCGCCGAGCACAGCACGUCCGCACCCUUCUCUUGCCAGCCGUACCCGCUACCUGCGAGCUUCAAGAUGUCGCGCAAGGCAGUAGAUCAGCGGAUUCCCGCCCUCAUCCGCAAUGGCAUCCAAGAGAAGAAGCGAAGCUUCUUCGUGGUCGUGGGUGACCAUGCGAAGGAUACCAUUGUCCACCUCCACUACAUCAUGUCGCAAUCGGACGUGAAGCAGAACAAGUCCGUGCUCUGGGCAUACAAGAACAAGCUUCUCGGCUUCACCAGUCACCGCAAGAAGCGCGAAACCAAGAUCAAGAAGGAGAUCAAGCGAGGCGUCCGCGAAGCCAACAACGAAGACCCCUUCGAGCUUUUCGUAUCUCUCCACAACAUCCGAUAUGUCUACUACAAGGAAACCGAGAAGGUGCUGGGAAACACCUUCGGCAUGUGCAUUCUGCAAGACUUCGAGGCCAUGACGCCGAACAUCCUGGCGAGGACGAUCGAGACGGUUGAGGGAGGUGGUCUGGUCGUUCUUCUCCUGAAGGGCAUGAACAGCUUGAAGCAGCUCUACACCAUGUCCAUGGACAUCCACUCGAGAUACCGGACGGAGGCCCACGAGGACGUUGUUGCCCGCUUCAACGAGCGCUUCAUCUUGUCUCUCGGCGGCUGCGACUCUUGCUUGGUCAUCGAUGACGAGCUCAACGUGUUGCCCAUUUCGGGCGGCAAGAACGUCAAGGCGCUGCCCCCGGCAGAGAACGACAUGCCCAAAACCGCAGCGCAGCAGGAGCUGGAGGAGAUGAAGGAGUCACUCCAAGAUACCCAACCAGUCGGCUCCCUGGUUACCCUCGCGAAGACGGUCGACCAGGCCAAGGCGCUGCUCACAUUCGUGGACGCCAUUGCAGAGAAGACGCUGAGGAGCACUGUGACAUUGACGGCUGCCAGAGGUCGCGGAAAGUCUGCCGCCAUGGGUGUCGCGGUGGCCGCCGCCGUCGCGCACGGUUACAGCAACAUUUUCAUUACUUCGCCUUCGCCCGAGAACUUGAAGACCCUGUUCGAGUUCAUCUUCAAGGGUUUUGACGCACUCGGCUACGCGGACCACGCCGACUACUCCAUCAUUCAGUCCACGAACCCCGACUUCAACAAGGCCAUUGUCAGAGUCAACAUCCACCGCGCGCAUCGUCAGACUAUCCAGUACAUCAGGCCGCAGGAUGCCCACGUUCUCGGCCAGGCUGAGCUCGUUGUCAUUGAUGAGGCUGCUGCUAUCCCUCUGCCCCUGGUCCGCAAGCUGAUGGGCCCCUACCUCGUCUUCAUGGCCUCUACGAUCAACGGUUACGAGGGAACUGGUCGUUCUCUGUCGCUUAAGCUCAUCAAGCAGCUCAGAGAACAAUCAAGGCCUGGAGCUAAGACGAAUGGCGACACAGAAGUUGCCGACCGAUCAACGGGCAAGACCGCCAAGGACCAAGGCUCGAGCCACCAGGCCAGCCGUUCUCUCCGUGAGAUCACCUUGUCUGAACCCAUUCGAUACGCCCAGGGUGACUCAGUCGAGAAGUGGCUGAACAAGCUUUUGUGUCUGGACGCCACGCUACCCAAGGCCAAGGCCGGCAGUCAGGGCUGCCCCGACCCGUCUCAGUGUGAGCUUCUCAAGGUCAACAGAGACACCCUAUUCUCUUUCCACCCUAUCCCCGAGAAGUUCUUGCAGCAAAUGGUGGCGCUGUAUGUUGCCAGUCACUACAAGAACUCUCCCGAUGAUCUCCAGCUCAUGAGUGACGCCCCCGCUCACGAGCUCUACGUGCUCAUUGCUCCGACAACAGAUGGCAAGCUCCCGGAACCGCUAUGCGUCAUUCAAGUUGCGCUGGAAGGAAAGAUCAGCAGACAGAGUGUCAUCAACAGCUUGAGCAGAGGACAACGGCCUUCCGGUGAUCUUAUUCCUUGGCUGGUGAGCCAGCAGUACCAGGAUGAGGAGUUCGCGUCCCUUUCCGGUGCCCGUGUCGUCAGGAUAGCUACAAACCCCGAGUAUGUGUCGAUGGGAUACGGAACCAAGGCGCUCCAACUCCUUACCGACUUCUACGAGCAGAAGUUCACAAACCUGUCUGAAGACUCCGACGUCAGUAUGGAGGAGACCCUGACGAGAGUGACAGACACCGAGCUGGCCAACACUUCUCUGCUCGCGGAUGACAUCCAGAUCAGAGACAUCAAGAAGCUCCCGCCCCUGUUUGCCAGAUUCUCCGAGAUUAGACCUGCGGCCCUGGACUACGUCGGUGUCAGCUACGGCCUGACGCAGCCCCUCCACAAGUUCUGGAAGCGUGCCCAGUUCGCUCCCGUUUAUCUCAGACAAACCGCCAACGACCUGACUGGCGAGCACACUUGCGUAAUGCUCCGACCGCUGGAGAACACCGCGGACCGCACAUGGCUCGGCGCUUUCGCCAGAGACUUCCAGCGUCGCUUCCAGUCUCUGCUUUCCUACCAGUUCAGGGAGUUCCAGUCGAUCGUUGCGCUCAGCAUCGACGAGUCUGCCAACGCUGGCGCCAAACUUGAUGGCGUUGAGCCUACGGCCCUGACCAAGGUCGAGCUCGAUAGGCUCCUGACGCCUUUCGACCUGAAGCGUCUCGAGUCGUACGCAAACAACAUGCUGGACUACCACGUCAUUCUCGAUCUCGUUCCCACGCUUGCCAGCCUUUACUUCACUGGCAAGCUCAAGGCAGACAUCAAGUUGACUGGUGUGCAGCAGGCCAUACUGCUUGCCAUCGGUCUGCAACGCAAGGAUAUGGAUGUGGUUUCUCAGGAGCUGUCGCUCCCCUCAUCGCAGCUCCUGGCCAUGUUCAUUAAGAUUCUCCGCAAGGUCACAUCUCACUUCAGCACAUUGGUCUCUGCCGCCGUCGAGUCUGAGCUGCCCAAGGCCGAUGCUAUUGGCGUGAGCAGAGAGAACGCUUCCGGCGCCCACGACGAUGAAGUCGUGGACAAGAGGUUCCAGCCCCUCGAGACGUCCCUCGAGGAUGAACUCGAAGAGGGAGGCGACGAGGCUCUUGCCAAGCUGCGCAAGAAGCAACGAGAGCUCAUCGACUCCCUUCCUCUUGACCAAUACGAGGUUGACGGCGACACUCCCGCGUGGGCUGAGGCAGAGCAGGCGGUCAAGGACGGCAAGUCCGGUGUGGUCAGCGUCAAGUCCAGCAAGACCAAGCGCAAGGCGGGACCUACGGCGGCGGACGUAUAUGAAGAGGCCUUUGGGGAGAAGACGCACAAGAAGGCGAAGAAGCACAAGAAGGACAAGAGCUGA